AUGGCGUCCAAAGAAGAGGCGACCAAGUCGGUCAUCAUGAAUGAAGAAGAGCUGAAAAGGAAGCAGAGAGAGAAGCUGAAGAAACUACAGGCCACAGGGGGAAACCCUCGACCAGCAAGAUCCCUCUUUCUCUUCACCCUCAGAAAUCCCUUUCGCAAGGCCUGCAUCAAUAUAGUGGAGUGGAAAACCUUUGAGAUCAUCAUCUUAUUGACCAUCUUUGCUAACUGUAUAGCUCUGGCUGUGUUCCUGCCUAUGCCUGAAGAAGACAGUAACAACACCAACGCAAGCUUAGAGAGUUUGGAAUAUAUCUUCCUGAUCAUCUUCACUUUAGAGUGCUUUCUGAAGAUAGUGGCUUAUGGGUUUGUGUUCCAUGAAGGCGCCUAUUUACGGAACUGUUGGAACAUAUUGGACUUUGUCAUUGUCUUCAUGGGUCUCUUCACCUUUGUUUUGGAUACUGUCAAUAAGAUAGCAGGCGCACCAACAGAGAAGGGCGGGGGGUUUGAUAUGAAGGCGCUGAGAGCCUUCAGAGUGCUGCGACCCCUACGACUCGUCUCUGGAGUCCCCAGCCUGCAGGUGGUGAUGAACUCCAUCCUCAAGGCCAUGCUGCCUCUGCUGCACAUUGCCCUGCUGGUCUUUUUACUGGUCACCAUCUAUGCCAUCAUGGGACUGGAGCUCUUCAAGUGCAAAAUGCAUAAGACCUGCUAUUACAAGAGCACAAAUAUCUAUGCCACAGCAGAGGGUGAACUGCCUGCUCCCUGUGCAGUGGCUGGUAAUGGACGGCGCUGCCUUAUUAAUGGCUCGGAGUGUCGGUCAGAGUGGGAAGGUCCCAACAAUGGCAUCACCCACUUUGAUAACAUUGGCUUUGCCAUGUUGACUGUCUACCAGUGCAUCACCAUGGAGGGAUGGACCAAAGUGCUCUACUGGGUUAAUGAUGCCAUAGGAAAUGAAUGGCCUUGGCUCUACUUUGUUCCCCUCAUUCUGGUGGGUUCCUUCUUUGUGCUAAAUCUGGUUCUGGGUGUGCUGAGUGGAGAGUUUACCAAAGAGCGAGAGAAGGCCAGGUCACGUGGUGAAUACCAGAAGUUGCGAGACCGUCAGCAACUGGAUGAAGACCUCCAUGGCUACAUGGAGUGGAUCACUCAUGCUGAAGUCUUGGAUGUCGACUUAGAGGGCAAAGGACUACUGCCUUUGACAAGUGGAGACUCUGACACAGACAGCCUGUUUGACCUGGAAGGGAAGAGUCGAGUCGUGUACUACUACCGCCUGGCUCGUCGUUGGAAUCGCUUCUUCAGGAUGAAGUGCCUUGUAUAUGUGAAAACCAACAGCUUUUACUGGGUAGUGAUGAUCCUCGUCUUCCUCAAUACCCUGACCAUAGCAACAGAGCACCAUCACCAGCCUGAGUGGCUCACUUCCCUACAAGAUGUCGCCAGUCGUGUUCUACUGGUGCUGUUUGUCAUAGAGAUGUUUGUGAAGAUGUAUGCUUUGGGUCCCAGAGCAUAUUUCAUGUCUCUGUUUAACCGUUUUGAUUUCUUCGUGGUGCUAUGCGGCAUCGUGGAGAUGAUCAUGAUGUCUGCAGGGACCGUGACUCCCCUGGGUUUUUCAGUACUCAGGUGUAUCCGGCUGCUGAGGAUCCUCAAAGUUACAAAGUACUGGACCUCUUUGAGUAAUCUUGUGGCCUCUCUCCUUAACUCUGUCCGCUCCAUCGCCUCCCUGCUCCUCCUCCUCUUCCUUUUCAUCGUCAUCUUCUCGCUCCUCGGCAUGCAGGUGUUUGGGGGAAAAUUCAACUUUUCCGACUACAGACCCAGACGCAGUAACUUUGACAACUUCCCUCAGGCCCUCAUCAGUGUGUUCCAGGUCCUAACAGGAGAAGAGUGGACCACCAUUAUGUACAAUGGCAUUAUGGCCUAUGGAGGUCCUGUCUUCCCUGGCAUCCUGGUCACCAUCUACUUCAUUGUCCUCUAUGUCUGUGGAAACUAUAUCCUCCUCAAUGUCUUCUUGGCCAUUGCUGUUGACAACCUGGCAGAGGCUGAGAGUCUCACUUCAGCUCAGAAAGAAAAGGCAGAGGAGAAGUUGAGAAAGAAGUUACUAAGGGCCAAAAUGCCUGACAAGACUGAUGAGGAGAGAGAGAGGAUAGCUAAGAAACUGGCAGAGCAGAGGGCCAAGACAGAGGGCAUACCCACUACAGCCAAGCUCAAAAUUGAUGAGUUUGAGUCCAAUGUCAAUGAAGUGAAAGAUCCAUUCCCACCUGCUGACUUUCCAGGUGAUGAUGAAGAGGAAGAGCCUGAGAUCCCUAUCAGUCCUCGGCCCCGACCGAUGGCUGACCUGCAGCUGAAGGAAGAAGCAGUUCCAUUGCCUGAAGCCAGCUCCUUUUUCAUCUUUGGUCCUCAGAACAAGUUCCGUAAGCUGUGCUACAAAAUCGUCAAUGCUUCGUCCUUUACCAACUUAAUCCUCCUGUUCAUCCUGCUCUCCUCCAUCUCCCUGGCAGCUGAGGACCCCAUUGAUCCCAAGUCCUAUAGGAACCAGAUCCUAGCCUAUGCUGACAUUGUCUUUACAACUGUGUUCACCAUUGAGAUUGCACUGAAGAUGACAGUUUAUGGAGCAUUCAUGCAUGAGGGCUCCUUCUGCCGAAACUCCUUCAACAUCCUAGAUCUGAUUGUGGUCGGUGUCUCCCUGUUGUCUAUGGGAAUGGAAUCCAGUGCCAUUUCUGUGGUGAAGAUUCUCAGGGUGUUGAGGGUGCUGAGGCCUCUCAGGGCUAUCAACCGAGCUAAAGGGUUAAAGCAUGUGGUCCAGUGCGUAUUUGUGGCCAUCAAAACCAUCGGCAACAUUGUCCUGGUCACUAUGCUACUGAAUUUCAUGUUUGCCUGUAUAGGAGUGCAACUCUUCAAGGGUAAACUCUUCAGCUGCACAGACUCGUCCAAAAUGACUGCAGAGGAAUGCCAGGGAUCCUACUUGAAGCACAUUGAGAAUUCUUUAGAAGACACAGUGGUGGCUAAGAGAGAUUGGUUCAACAAUGACUUCAACUUUGACAACGUGCUCAAUGGCAUGCUGGCUCUCUUCACAGUUUCAACAUUUGAAGGCUGGCCAACGCUGCUAUACAGAGCCAUUGAUUCAGGUGAAGAAGACAUGGGUCCUGUCUUCAAUAACCGCGUGGACGUGUCCAUCUUUUUCAUCAUCUACAUCAUCCUCAUCGCCUUCUUCAUGAUGAACAUCUUUGUGGGCUUUGUCAUUGUGACUUUUCAGGAGCAGGGUGAGGAAGAGUAUAAGAACUGUGAGCUGGACAAGAACCAGCGUCAGUGUGUGCAGUAUGCCCUGAAGGCUCGUCCUCUGAGGUGCUACAUCCCCAAAAACCCCUACCAGUACAGAGUCUGGUACAUAGUCACCUCUUGCUACUUUGAGUACCUCAUGUUCUUCCUCAUUAUGCUCAACUCCCUGUGUCUGGGGAUGCAGCACUGUAACCAGUCGGAACAUGUGACCAAGCUGUCAGACAAUCUGAACUUGACCUUUACUGUGCUCUUCACUGUGGAGAUGAUUCUCAAACUGAUGGCCUUCAAAGCUAGGGGCUACUUUGGAGACCCCUGGAACGUCUUUGACUUCAUUAUCGUUGUCGGUAGCAUUAUUGAUGUCAUCCUGAGUGAAGUCGAUAAUGCCCUGAAAGCCAGUGGUGGACUAUACUGUCUCCAUGGUUGUGCUGAAAGAAAUCCUAUGCAAGCGAUUGCGGAAGCUGAGAAUGCCUCCGUUUCCUUCACGUUCUUCCGACUCUUCCGUGUUAUGCGUCUGGUCAAACUGCUGACCCGUUCAGAGGGCAUCCGUAACCUACUGUGGACCUUCAUCAAGUCCUUCCAGGCUCUUCCUCAUGUGGCUCUGCUUAUUGUGAUGCUCUUCUUUAUCUACGCUGUCAUUGGGAUGCAGAUCUUUGGGAAGAUAGCUUUAGUGGACGGCACCCAAAUCAACCGCAACAACAACUUCCAGACAUUCCCUCAAGCUGUUCUGAUGUUAUUCCGAUGUGCGACUGGAGAGGCUUGGGAGGAGGUCAUGGUUGCUUCGAUGUACGGGAAGAAAUGUGACCCUAAGUCUGACUUCCUGCCAGGAGAGGAGUACACCUGUGGGUCCAACUUCGCGGUCUUCUACUUCCUCAGCUUCUACUGCCUCUGUGCCUUCCUGAUCCUCAACCUCUUUGUAGCUGUCAUUAUGGACAAUUUUGACUACCUGACUCGUGACUGGUCUCUCCUUGGGCCACACCAUCUGGACGAGUUUAAGAAGAUCUGGGCUGAAUAUGACCCUGAAGCCACGGGGAGAAUCAAACAUCUGGAUGUGGUGACACUGCUGCGACGCAUCCAGCCUCCACUGGGCUUUGGCAAGUUCUGUCCUCACCGUGCUGCAUGUAAGCGUUUGGUUGGUAUGAACAUGCCUCUUAACAGCGAUGGUACAGUCACCUUCAACGCCACCCUCUUCUCUCUGGUCAGGACUGCACUCAAGAUCAAAACAGAAGGUAACUUUGAGCAGGCCAAUGAGGAACUGAGAGCCAUUAUAAAGCAAAUCUGGAAACGCACCAGUAUGAAACUGUUAGACCAGGUCAUCCCCCCGAUAGGAGAUGAUGAGGUUACUGUGGGAAAAUUUUAUGCUACCUUCCUGCUCCAAGACUAUUUCCGCAAGUUCAUGAAGCGUCAGGAAGAGUACUACGGCUACCGGCCCACAAAGAAGAGUAAAUUAGGCCCAGAGAUCCAGGCUGGUCUGAGAACUAUAGAAGAAGAAGCGGCUCCAGAGAUGCACAGGGCCAUUUCAGGAGACCUGCAGAAUGAGGAAGAGAUGGACAGAGCUAUGGAGGAGGAGACUGGAGAAGAGCACAUUUACCAGCGUACACAUGGCCUGUUUGGGAACCGGGUGGAUCCAUUCUCCACUGAGCCCACAAGCGCUCAGUCUGCACACAUGACCAACCAGCGGCCCCUCCAGUUUUCCGAGAGUCAGCCUGAGUCUCUGCCAGACUCCUCUGCCUUGGUGCCCACUACCGAAACUUUCGCCAGCACUCCAAAAGACAACACAAACAACAACGCCUUUGCAGAAUUUUCAAUUGAAAAAGAGGGCAGUUCUCAAGACAGUGAGGAUGCAGUGCCAGACAACAGGCGCUAUUGGAACUUCACAGUGAGAACAGACAAGACACAGUUUCCUUAUGACCCUAACUAUGGUGACAGUCAGAGUCUGAGCUCCUAUACUGCAGCUAACCAGCUCGUCCAGGAGGCUCUAGUAGAGGGAGGUCUAGCUUCUCUGGCCAGAGACCCGAGCUUUGUCUCUGUGGCUAGGGAGGAGAUGGCAGAGGCCAUGCGCAUCCCCAUUACUGAUAUGGAGGGCGUGGUUCAGGAGAUCCUCAAUAAACGCUCCGGCAGAAUCACCUCUGGCAAAAAGAACCGUCCCAUUCCUGUGCCUCCUUCCGGCCCUGCUACGGCAGCACAACAAACGCGAAAGCCAGAUCCAGCUGUGAGGAGGAAGAGACGUCCAAUCCCCACAAUUCCCUCUGUGCAGGAGCCAACUGAGUCCAACUCCGAAGUUUAGAGGCUGUCACUUGAGUGCACGUGGGUAUCAUGACUUCUAAACUUGCAGGUGGUUCCACCUCGCCUCACUUUACCAAGCUCCCUGUGACAAUCUGCAUCUACUAGCCUGACUCGAGGCAUAGGGCAGGUUGGCUGAAGUUGAAUAUAUCAUCAUGUAUGGUUGAAACUUAAAACAAUAUAUCUGGUGAAAAAAACCUUCAGAUUUAUUGAAAAAUUAAAACUACCUUAUCUCAGAGUAAACAGACUGAUGCACUUCUUUCUUUGGAGCAUUUUUUUUAAGGUUAUCCAUUCCAUAGACUUAUGCAACAGCCACACGUGAGACAAUUGUCUUACUGAAGCCUGAUUGAGAGAGGGAGGAAAGUGAGGGAUGAGUGAAAUGUCUAUAAUGACUCAGCAAAUAGAAGGCGGCAGCGUUUUUUU